UCACCUCCUUAACGCUCACACAUGUAUACAUAUGUAUGACACACUCACAGGUGUGUUCCCUACACUUCUCAAUUCUCUUUAUAUCAUUGGUUUAUUUACCUGACUUUAUCGAAUAGUUGAAACUUAUUUAAAUUUGAACAUAUCCCACUUUUGUCUCUCCUUAGCAUUUCAAAUUCAAGUACAGCAUGAUUUAGGCGUUAGUUUGGGGAACAUUGUUGUAGUCACAUAGAGAAAACAGACUGCAGAGAGCUCUUAACAUUUGUCAUGCAUAUAUAUUCUCACUUACAAUUUUAUUAAUUUCAUUACACUUGAUUACAUCUUAAAAUAAUGUUUUUGAAAAUCAUUUUAUAUGCUCAUAUACAGUCUUCCAGUUUUGACAUCCUAUAUUCAUUUGUUUUUGUUUUUAAUCUUUAUCCUUAAUGUCCACCUUAAUUCUUUGAGUUUAUUUUUUGCAUUCUUUCCUAACUUCCUAACUUGUCUCAUAAGUUCAUGUAUUUGAUAGAACAAAAGUGUUUAAAAUCGGUCAGCUUUGAAUACAGUGCUCUCUGUCCUACAUAAAUCUUUUAUAACCCUGCGUCUACUAUCUUGUAAGUCAACUCUGAAAUAAAUGAAAUAUUUGUUAAUGAUAAAUUUCAAAUCGUCAGCAUUUAAUAAAUCAUUUUCAGUGCCUCUAAACUGUUUCUUUCCUUGUCUUUCAGAUCAGGUCAGUGUUCCCUUCUUUCCAAGUCAAUGGACCAAGUAAACGACACUGUGGUAACUGAAUUUGUGUUGCUGGGACUUGCACAAUCCUUGGGAGCGCGGCUUGUCCUUUUUCUCUUCCUGUUACUGUUCUUUGUGGGAAUUAUCCUAGGAAAUCUUCUCAUUGUGCUCACAGUUCUCUUGGACCCGCACUUGCACUCGCCCAUGUAUGUCCUGCUGGCCAACCUGUCACUCAUGGACGUGGGUCUUUCCUCCACCACAGUUCCUAGGAUUAUCUCGGAUAUCUUUAGUGAUUGUAAAGUCAUCUCCUUCCGUAGCUGCAUGAUACAAAUGUUCUUUAUUCAUGUCAUGGGAGGAGUUGAGAUGCUGCUGCUCAUAGCCAUGGCAUAUGACAGAUACACAGCAAUUUGCAAGCCUCUUUACUAUCUAACUAUCAUGAAUCCCAAAAUGUGUGUGCUUUUGAUAGUAACUGCUUGGGUUAUUGGGGUAAUUCAUGCUGUGUCUCAGUUUGUUUUUGUUAUAAAUUUACCCUUCUGUGGCCCUAACAAUGUGGGAAGUUUUUAUUGUGAUUUUCCAAGAGUUAUUAAACUUGCAUGCAUGGACACUUACAGGCUAGAAUUCGUGGUCACUGCCAAUAGCGGCUUCAUCUCUAUGGGUACUUUCUUUCUCCUAAUUGUAUCAUAUAUUUUUAUUCUGGUCACUGUCAGACAAAAUUCUUCCAAUGAUUUAUCCAAAGCGUUCUUCACUUUGUCUGCUCACAUCACUGCAGUGGUGUUGUUUUUUGCUCCAUGCAUGUUUCUCUAUGUUUGGCCUUUCCCUACUAAGUCAUUGGAUAAAUUUUUUGCCAUUGUGGACUUUGUUGUUACCCCUGUCUUAAAUCCUGCCAUCUAUACUUUAAGGAACAAAGAUAUGAAGUUGGCAAUGAGAAGGCUGAGUCAACAAGUUGCAAGUUCUAUGGAGAUGACAUAAUAGAUUUCUUUGACAAGAGCUCCGAA